GACAUUUUCAUUUUCUUUCAUUUUUCCCCGUUCCUCUUCCUCCUUUUCAAAACCCUAACUCCUAUUCUUCCCACCAUUUUCCUCUCACAACCCUAACCCUAAUUCUAACCGCCAUGUAUCUCUACAGUCUGACUCUCCAACAAUCCACAGGCAUACUCUGCGCAAUCAAUGGAAACUUUUCGGGAACCAAAACCCCCGAAAUCGUCGUAGCACGUGGCAAAAUCCUCGAGCUUCUCCGCCCCGAAAGUUCCGGCAAAAUCGAAAGUGUUCUUUCCACUGAAAUUUUUGGUGCCAUUCGCUCCCUCGCUCAGUUCCGUCUCACCGGCUCUCAGAAGGACUACAUCGUUGUCGGGUCAGAUUCGGGUCGGAUCGUUAUUCUUGAGUACAAUCCUUCUCGAAAUGCCUUCGAUAAAAUCCACCAAGAAACUUUCGGUAAAUCAGGUUGUCGCCGGAUCGUUCCGGGUCAGUAUUUGGCUAUUGACCCAAAAGGUCGUGCCGUUAUGAUUGGUGCUUGUGAGAAGCAAAAAUUAGUUUAUGUUUUGAAUAGAGAUACUGCUGCUAGAUUAACUAUUUCGUCUCCAUUAGAAGCUCAUAAAUCUCACACUAUUGUUUAUUCUAUAUGUGGUGUUGAUUGUGGAUUCGACAACCCAAUCUUUGCGGCAAUUGAGUUGGAUUACUCUGAGGCUGACCAGGAUUCAACUGGUCAAGCAGCUAGCGAGGCACAAAAGCAAUUGACAUUUUAUGAAUUAGAUUUAGGGCUUAAUCAUGUCUCGCGAAAAUGGUCAGAACCGGUUGAUAAUGGAGCGAAUAUGUUAGUUACAGUGCCUGGAGGAGGGGAUGGGCCUAGUGGGGUUUUAGUUUGUGCUGAGAAUUUUGUGAUUUAUAAGAAUCAGGGUCAUCCAGAUGUUAGGGCUGUAAUUCCUAGGCGAGUUGAUUUGCCAGCUGAGCGUGGAGUUUUGAUAGUUUCAGCUGCCACGCAUAGGCAGAAAUUAUUGUUUUUCUUUUUGUUGCAGACAGAGUAUGGAGACAUAUUUAAGGUUACUUUAGAACAUGAUAAUGAGCAUGUUCGUGAAUUAAAGAUCAAGUAUUUUGAUACUAUUCCUGUGACCGCAUCCAUGUGUGUGUUGAAAUCGGGGUUUUUGUUUACUGCUUCAGAGUUUGGCAACCAUGCUUUGUAUCAGUUUCAGGCAAUAGGGGAUGGCCCUGAUGUGGAAGCCUCCUCAGCCACAUUGAUGGAGACUGAAGAAGGAUUUCAACCUGUGUUUUUUCAGCCUAGAGGGCUCAAGAAUCUUGUUAGGAUUGAACAAGUUGAGAGUUUGAUGCCAAUUAUGGAUAUGAAGAUUUCAAAUUUGUUCGAGGAGGAAGCACCUCAGAUUUUUACUUUAUGUGGGCGUGGUCCUCGUUCGUCACUUAGGAUAUUGAGGCCAGGUCUGGCUGUUAGUGAGAUGGCUGUGUCACAGCUCCCUGGUGUCCCUAGUGCUGUUUGGACUGUGAAAAAGAAUGCAAAUGAUGAGUUUGAUGCAUACAUUGUUGUUUCUUUUAACAAUGCAACUCUUGUGCUUUCAAUUGGUGAAACUGUUGAAGAAGUUAGUGAUAGUGGGUUUCUGGAUACUACCCCCUCACUUGCUGUUUCUUUAAUUGGUGAUGAUUCUCUAAUGCAAGUUCAUCCCAGUGGCAUUAGGCAUAUAAGGGAAGAUGGGCGUAUUAAUGAGUGGAGAACACCUGGAAAGAGGACGAUUGUUAAGGUUGGCUCCAAUAGACUUCAAGUGGUCAUUGCUCUAAGUGGAGGUGAGCUCAUUUACUUUGAGGUGGAUAUGACUGGACAACUGAUGGAAGUGGAGAAGCAUGAAAUGUCUGGAGAUGUGGCUUGUUUGGACAUUGCCCCAGUUCCAGAAGGAAGGCAGAGAUCCCGAUUUCUUGCAGUUGGUUCAUAUGACAACACAGUCCGUAUCUUAUCAUUGGAUCCUGAUGACUGCAUGCAGAUUCUUAGUGUCCAAAGUGUGUCAUCACCUCCCGAAUCUCUCCUUUUUCUCGAAGUUCAGGCAUCAGUUGGUGGGGAGGAUGGUGCUGAUCACCCAGCUAGUCUUUUCCUCAACGCAGGUUUGCAGAAUGGGGUUCUGUUCAGAACAGUGGUUGAUAUGGUGACUGGUCAGCUUUCGGAUUCCCGUUCCAGGUUCUUGGGGCUGAGACCGCCAAAGCUCUUUUCUGUUGUUGUGGGAGGCCGCACUGCAAUGCUUUGUUUGUCCAGUCGACCCUGGCUUGGCUAUAUUCACCGAGGACGUUUCCUUUUGACACCUCUUUCCUAUGAGACUCUUGAAUAUGCUGCUUCGUUUUCAUCUGAUCAGUGUGUGGAAGGUGUUGUUUCUGUUGCAGGGAAUGCGCUGAGGGUUUUUACCAUUGAGAAACUUGGAGAAACUUUUAAUGAAACUGCUAUUCCCUUAAGGUAUACCCCCAGAAAGUUUGUUCUUCAACCUAAGAGGAGAUUGCUAGUAAUUAUUGAGAGUGAUCAAGGAGCAUUCACUGCAGAAGAGCGAGAAGCUGCAAAGAAAGAAUGCUUUGAGACCACUGGAACGGCAGAAAAUGGAAAUGGUAAUGUGGAUCAGAUGGAAAAUGGUGAUGAUGAGAAUAAAGAUGAUCCCCUCUCUGAUGAGCAGUAUGGUUAUCAGGCAGAGGCAGACAAAUGGGUUUCCUGCAUCAGAGUUCUUGACCCUCGCACAGGCAACACAACUUGUCUUCUGGAGCUUCAGGACAGUGAAGCUGCCUUCAGUGUAUGCACUGUCAAUUUUCAUGAUAAGGAGUAUGGAACUCUUUUAGCAGUUGGUACAGCCAAAGGACUGCAGUUUUGGCCCAAAAGAAGCAUAGUUGCAGGAUACAUUCAUAUUUAUCGGUUCUUGGAAGAUGGGAAAACCCUUGAACUUUUGCACAAGACACAAGUGGAAGGUGUUCCACUUGCUUUAUGCCAGUUUCAGGGAAGAUUACUUGCUGGAAUAGGUAAUGUUCUCAGAUUGUAUGACUUGGGGAAGAAGAGGUUGCUUAGAAAAUGUGAGAAUAAGCUGUUCCCUAACUCUAUAGUUUCUGUACAUACCUAUCGUGAUCGAAUCUAUGUUGGUGAUAUUCAAGAGUCGUUCCAUUUCUGCAAGUAUAGACGGGAUGAAAAUCAACUUUAUAUAUUUGCUGAUGAUUGUGUUCCAAGAUGGGUUACAGCAUCACACCACAUAGAUUUUGACACUGUGGCUGGUGCGGACAAGUUUGGGAAUGUCUAUUUUGUGCGACUGCCGCAGGAUGUUUCAGAUGAGAUAGAAGAGGAUCCAACUGGUGGGAAGAUAAAAUGGGAACAGGGUAAACUGAAUGGAGCUCCCAACAAAGUAGAGGAGAUAGUACAGUUCCAUGUGGGUGAUGUAGUCACAUCCAUGCAGAAGGCAUCUCUCGUUCCAGGUGGUGGGGAGUGCAUCAUUUAUGGGACUGUUAUGGGUAGCUUAGGAGCAUUGCUUGCAUUCACUUCUCGAGAUGAUGUUGACUUCUUUUCUCACCUGGAGAUGCAUAUGAGGCAAGAACACCCACCAUUGUGUGGACGAGAUCACAUGACUUUUAGAUCUGCAUAUUUUCCUGUGAAGGAUGUAAUUGAUGGAGAUCUAUGUGAACAGUUCCCUACGCUGCCACUGGAUUUGCAAAGAAAAAUUGCUGAUGAAUUGGAUAGGACUCCCGGGGAGAUCCUUAAGAAACUUGAAGAAAUUAGAAACAGGAUCGUUUAAGAAAGUAGCUCGUGGUUGUUGCCACUUUGUUGUUAUUUCGCUUAUAUGUUGUAUAUAUGGAUAGGAGAUAACAUUGGAUAUUUCUCAUUUCUUUCUGUAUGACUACCCUUUAAUGAGUACCAAAUAUUAUUAAAAUUUUCUCUUGAAUUCA